AUGGACUACGACAGACGCCGCAACGCAUCUUACGAUGACUAUGGUCCUCGUGACCCCCGAGCAUAUGGGUCCUGGUACAGCCACGAUACACCACAUCAUGUUCCGCUCCGUGGACGAUCACAUUCCUCGUCCAACGCUGCUUCAGACAAUUCACCGCAGCCUGCUCAGCAACCACUCAAGAGCGCAAUUGGCAAUGCUUUUGAUCAGUCAGACGCAGCGAGAACAGUCGACCCUGAUCUCAUCGCCCAGAUAGCAGCCGAAGUGAAAAAAUCGGUGCUGCAUGAAAUCAAGCAAAGUGGCAUCGCCGGUGCAUCACCAGCUCAGUCUGGUCCAGCACCACCGCAACAACACAUCCCACCAUCGCCAGACUCUACAAGCGCAUCGUUCCCCGCUCGAAACGUGUAUGCGCCGCCUUCGCCCUUCUAUCAAGACGCCCCUAGCCAACCGUCAUCCGCACAAGAUUUAGCAAGUCGCGGGUCGACUUUCGACGGAGGCAUGGACGACCUCCUGACAUCUCGCUACGAUUCAAGUGUGCCUAUCGACAUUCCACGUCGAGAACGAGCGCCGGAACGACCCGCUCCUGCGAUGAGGAUGGCAACGGACGACUUUACACCCAUCGAGAAGAUGUGGCAGCGGCUGUUUGACCUGCAAGGUCGGCCUCUGCCGCGCCUUGGAGAAUUCCUUCGCGGCCUUGCGAUGCAUCUGAUCGAGGACUACGAACCGAAGAGAAGCCUUGUCAUCUCGCCUGCAAAGAUGCAAAAGUUUUACGAAGACGUCCAGGUCUUGAGUGAGGUUUACCCAUGGCAAACGAUAUUCGGGGAAUUGUCAUACGCUGCUUUGUCCAAGGUCUACCAGAGCAUGCGUUGCCAGCAUCAUCUCAUCCAGGAGCACCCUGCGGAACUGCCUUACAUUCCUGCCUUGACUCCAAAGGGAUUUGAAGAGUGGAUGACUGCCAUGAUAUUGGCUUAUCCUGAUACUGAACACGAGCGAAUCACAAAGGCUGUACUAGGCAUGCCUAUCAGCAAUGCGGACAACACGAAAGAAAGGUUUCCCAAAGAGCUUCCUAGGCGCAUGUUUCCAAGAACCGAGAACGUGCAAGCCCAACAAAGAUGCGCUGCAAACCUGUCUGCCGAAGGCGUCAGCCCGCUUCGCAAAGUUCCAACAUUCCCCCCACCACCCCCACCGCCCAAAGUCGAUACCAGCGCCGCUAUUCCAAGCUUGGAGCGUGAACGUAGUCCAUACAGUGGACAACCUGACCUGAGGAACUCCGACUCUGAAGGCGAACAUGACUCGAGCUUUGUCCCAAUCGAGCGACAGAGAAACCCGUAUUCCGCAAACCCGAGUGGCGGCAAGGUGUAUGAUGAUUUGUCUCAAAGCACGCACUCCGAUACCACAUCGGGCGGUCAACGCAGACGUGCGCAAUCGACAGUGAACCAAAGUCAAUGUCAAUGGGCACCACCACCACCGAACGAUACGUACAAUCAGCAGCAACCAAGGUCGAGCGCACGUCGAACCAGGAGUCCCAGCUUCUCGAGCUACGGCACAAAUUCCGAUAGUAACAUCAACGACAUGCCUGCGAGCCACUCUUCGUCGAACUUACACAAUGUCCAGGAUGAUGGACGCCGCCGCAGCAAAGACGAAGAUAUGAGAAGGCAGAAUCGUCACAGAGGAGGCACGGUGGGGACAGACAGCUUGUACGACUCGCAACCGCGUACAAGUUAUGACGACUACAAGGGCCGGACCAGUGCCAGCGGGUAUGAAGACAGAAGCUACGACUCCCGUCGCUAUUGA